UCCGCUCGCGCCUGCGCGCAGCGGCAGCACCGGAGAGCGGGGCGGGGAGCGGAGCGGGACCGCUGCCAGUGCGCACCCCGGGAGAAGCGCGGCGGAGAGGCUGACCUCGGCAGCGUGCGUGUUUCCUGCCAAGCAUGGAGGUGUUCCCGUCCCCCCUGGAGUCCGCCAAGUUCAUAGCCGAGCACAGCAAAGAUGUCUCCGUGGACGAGGAGGGAGCGCGGCGGGUGGCGGAGAGCCUGUUCGACAAAGCCUCGGCAGCGGAGUUCGGGCUGGCGGGGUGGAAAAGCCUACACGAGCUGAACCCCCGGGCCGCCGACAAGGAGGCUGUAGACUGGGUGUUCCUGGUGGACACCCUCAACUUCUCCUUCUGGUCCGAGCAGGAGGAGCGCAAGUACCUUGUGAAGUACAAGGAUAAAACCUACAGCGGCUACUGGUCGCUGUGCGCCGCCGUCAAUAGGGCCCUGGACGACGGAAUACCUAUCACCAGUGCGUCCUAUUUUGCCACCAUGACGCUUGACCAAGUUAGGCACGUAUUUCGCUCUGACACAGAAGUGCCUUUGCCCUUGAUUGAAGAAAGACACCGGGUGCUGAACGAAAGUGGAAUAGUUCUGUUAGAGAAGUUUGGAGGGUCCUUCCUCACCUGCGUUAAAAUGAGUGAGAAGAGUGCUCAGAAGCUGCUACAUCUCAUACUGGAAAAUUUUCCUUCUUACAGAGAUGAAGCUGUAUUUGAGAAAAAGAAGGUAUCUUUCUACAAACGGGCACAAAUACUUGUGGCUGACACAUGGAGUGUUUUAGAAGGCAAAGGAGAUGGCUCUUUUGAUGAUAUAUCCAGUCUGACAAUAUUUGCUGACUACAGAAUUCCACAAGUUCUUGUUCACUUAAAAGCAAUGAAGUAUUCUGAAAAAUUAAUGAAGAAACUACGUGAAGGAACACUUUUCCAGUCUGGAGACAAAGAAGAGGUAGAGAUCCGUGGCUGUUCUAUUUGGUGUUGUGCAUUGAUUUGUAAGCACCUUCAGGAGCUCUAUCAGAAGAAGGGUCAGGACAUGCAUGAAAAAAUCAAUGCAGUUUUACUCGAUUAUUAUCUUUGGGAUUAUGCCAGAGAUCACAGGGCAGAGAUGAAAGAUAUCCCGUUCCACCGAGUACGGUGUAUAUAUUACUAAGUCUAGUCCAACAGCUCUUGUAUUGCUGCCUUAUCUUUUGAACUUGCUUUUUCAUAUGGUGAUUUGUCAUGCACUAAUUUGGAACUGUUAAAUCAAAUUCUUGUUUUCUAGUGAUGUAGUAACAAUGUGCCUUUUCCUUUUUGUUUUAUUACGUUUUUAUUACCUUUCUUUUAAUCUUUUGCUUGCCCUGACUGGAAUUAACAGUGUAAACUUUGCAGGCAGCCCAUGUUAAGGUAGGGUUUAUUACUCCUGCUUUGACCUUUGUAUUGGUGUAUGUGGCUACCUUUGUGCACAGCCAGAUGUGUGUGCAGAUCCUGUGGUGUACCUUGGUGUACCUCAGCCCCUCCCUGUUCCUGCCUGUCCCCUGUCAUACCUGCACAGAGGUGGCAGGUGCUUGGCAGAUGCUUUACUGCUCAGAGAUGGAAGUGUAACCUGUCCAGUCGUCCAAUAAACACUGUAGUGACAGAUGUGCCAUGA